CGUUGUGCUAGCCGGAAUUAUAUCGUCUGACAUCAAUGAACAGUUUGGAGGCUAUCGAUGUACACUAAUGUACGGAAAUCUAGCGAUAAAAAUGCAAAGCACGGCAAAGAGGUUGAUCUGUCAGGAUUGAGUUUACUAAUAUCACAAGCAAAAGUUAAUGUAGGGGAAAAACAAAAACAGGGUUCUUCCCCAAAGAAGUACUAUUGCAGAACCUCAUCUCCAUUGAGAAAUCCUUCAAAAAGUGCAGGACAUCAAGAUUCCACUGGGCUUCCUUCUAAGUCUUCAGUUUCAACAGGUACCACACAAAAAUCUUGCCAUGACCAUUGCCAUCGGCACCAUUCCCCAGUAUCAAAAUUUCGACAUAUUAGAUCCGCUCAGUACUCUAGUGGUAGUGCUGAUUCAUCUAUUUCAUCGCCGACAUCAGAAAACAGUGCUUCAAGCUUACCCUCACAUAGCAGAGGACAAUGGAUGUCUGGAAGAAAAUUGUCGCCUAGAUCAAGACAUGGAGAUACAUAUUCAGGUAAAACGAAGGUGACAAUAAAGAAAAGUCCAAGCGGACAGUUGAUAGUAAAACGUCAAUCAGAAGAACAUAAUGCAGAUCCAGAAAAACUGAUAUUAGAUAGGUGUGGUCUCUUAUCAUGUCCUAUUUUAGAAGGAGAAGAUCAGUUACGUCUGCUCAACUAUCAACACAAUCAAAUUAGACAAAUUGAAAAUAUUUCUACCCUUUCCUAUUUAGUAUUUCUUGACUUGUCUGAUAAUUGUUUAGAAAAAAUAAAUGGUUUGGAUGGUCUAAUAAAUCUUAGAGUUUUAAUGUUAUCAAGGAACCGGUAAGUUUCUUUACAGCAA